AUGGGUUCUUUCUCGCAGAAAUUUCUCUUCUUUUUCCUUCUCACCAUCCAAUCAUUUGUCUGGGAAACAAUCUCAUUCGAAGACAAUCCAACAGCCUAUGAAAUCCUCAGGGAUUUCAACUUCCCAACUGGUCUUCUACCAGCUGGUGUCACUGGCUAUGAUUUCGACCCUUUAUCGGGGAAAUUCUCGGCUUUCUUGAAUGGUACUUGUACCUUCACUCUUCAAGGGGCUUACAAAUUGAGGUAUAAGAAUACCAUCAAUGGGUAUAUAUCUAAGGGCAGGCUUGCCAGACUUGAAGGUGUCAGUUUGAAGUUUCUUUUCUUCUGGGUUAAUGUUGUUGAAGUGUUGAGGAAAGGGGAUGAGCUUGAAUUCUCAGUGGGGGUUGCUGCUGCUGGUUUCCCUAUGGAUGACUUUGAUGACAGCCCUCAAUGUGAAUGUAGGUUCCUAAAAUGCAGUAAUCAGAAAGUAAGGAAGAUUGGCGAAAUGAAUUAUGUUUCUUCCUAA